UAAAAAAAAGAAGCAGCUCCUUCUUCUGAAGAUGGGUUUUUGACUAAUCAGAGAUGCUCAUCGCUUCUCUGUUUCCCACACGAUUGGCUAAAAGUGUUAAGAAUUACACCCCAAAACCACUUUUCUCCUCCCCCCUCACACGCUAGCAUGUUUUUAAAGACGACCAUGAGGGGAAAUGAAGGGGGGAGCUCAGAGCCUUCUUCAGCCUCAAGAUGAGGACAGCUGGGCCAGAAAUGGAUCUCAUUCAGCUUUCGCCCGUGACUACGGUCACUUUCAACUAUGAUGACUACUACUACGAGGACAGCUGCCAGUAUGAGCAGCUACAGCAUAUGACUGCUUUCCUCCCUAUCCUGUACACUGCUGUGUUCUUGGUGGGCAUUCUUGGCAACUCCAUCCUGAUCGUAGCCUUAGUCUUCAAGCGACGAGUCCAGAGGCUGAUUGACAUCUUCAUCAUCAACCUCGCUGCUUCUGACUUCAUCUUCCUCAUCACGCUACCAUUCUGGGUGGACAAGGAGGUAUCAGAUGGGAUGUGGAGGGUAGGAUCUUUCCUCUGUAAAGCUAGUUCUUACAUCAUCUCAGUCAACAUGUACUGCAGCAUUCUCCUCCUUACUUGUAUGAGUGCAGACCGGUACCUUGCCAUCAUGUACCCCUCCAUAGCUAGAAGGAUUCGAACCAGAUCCUAUUCCAAUGGACUUUGCAUCUGCGUCUGGUUGUUAUCCUGCUGCUUAGGGAUGCCAACACUUUUGUCCAGAGAACUGAAAGAGCGCUACGGCAAGAUGUACUGCGUAGACAAAGCCGUGACCGAAUCCAAGCAGAUCACGUCACUGACGAUUUUAAUCCUGGCCUUCUUCCUCCCGCUGUUGAGCAUCCUGACCUUUUACUGCUCCAUCACAAAGAGACUCUGUGUGCAUUACCAGAGAUCUGGGAAACACGAUAAGAAACUGAGAAAAUCUAUCAAGAUUGUCUUCAUUGUGGUGGCUGCUUUUGUCAUCUCCUGGGUCCCCUUCAACCUCUUCAAGCUUAUGGCCAUCCUGUUGGGACUGCAAAAGCUGCCUGACUGUUUUCUUGACAUGGUUGCCCAGGUGGGCAUGACGGUGAGCAGCCCCUUUGCCUUCGCCAACAGCUGUGCAAACCCUUUCAUUUACUACUGCUUUGACAACUACAUCCGCAGAGCCAUGCUCAGGUGCCUGUGCCCGUGGGUGAAAGCCAGCAGCGGCAGCACCAUCUCUAACACCUUGGACACCCGCCUGAGCCACUCCUUAUCCAAUUUCAUCGCAGGGGAGUACACUGCGAGGAAGAGGAAGCGCUCGGUGUCCCUCUGACUGGGAGCCGGGACUACGGAGGGAGGGACCUCUCUUUCCAAAGAUGGCAGGGAAAGAAGAAGGCAAGAAAAGGGGCAAGAAAGAAAGAAGCGGCAGAGGCAGAGCUGCAACUGUAGUGUAGCCAGCACUUUAGGCUGGUGGUACAGCACUUCCCCCUAAACACAGGUAUAUUGAAUAGGAAACUUUAACCACAGAGCUACAGUUCACAGAGAUCACUGUGCCACUGUGCAGUGCAAGCCUGAAACUGCUGUGCUGAGAGACAUCCACCUUGGCUGGUGCUGGAACUGCAGCCCAAGUGCUACCAGCCAAGAGCAAUGUCAGGACGAUCAGCCAAAGCCACCUCGAGGCAAGCUUUGAACUUAAAACGCAUAGGUUUUCAUUCUGCUCAGAGCAAGAAAAAGCAACAGAAGUACUUGUUCUCUCUGGCUGCUAGCUUACUCACAAAAAUAUUGCGAUGUUCUGUAAAAAAAGAACUGCUGAGUUCUCCUUUUUUUUGGAGGUUUUCUGUAUUUAGAAAUGCAAUGUUUUAGUGGAUUUCUGUUACUUGCUCUCGUAACUUGAGUCUUGUGCAUUUUUCUUGAAGAUUCAGCUUUUCAAUUAAGGGAUUAAAUAUGUUUUAAUCACAGGAAUUAAAGUAAGUUUCUAGGCCCUGUGGUUUCCGAAAGAAAAAAAAAGUUAGCUUGAAGGUAGAGCAACCAGAAGACAAGCAAAAGAAACUGCAUUUAACCCUUUUCUUAACAGCAAACAACCAAGAAAAGAAAAUCAAGAAAACACCUGCACACUUUUUAAGAUGGUUUGGGGAGGUGUGACACAACUUCUGAUUGUUCUGCUUGUCUAAUGCUACGACAAAUGCAAACAUGCCUGAAAAGUAAAAUUAGCCAAAGUUUCACAAAUAUUUGACUGAAACAGAGAAUGCUGAGAAACCUUGGGUGCAGGAAAGCUCACAGAAAAGGAAUUCAAAAGCACCACUGUAUAAAUUCAUUGAUACAGUUAAACUCUGUAAGUAAUUAAUAAUAAUAAAAGUUCUGUGAAUUUGUCUCCAGCAAUCUCUGGGAAAUGUAGAAAUCCUACAUUUCAUAUACUGUAGAGGAGACACCGCUAGCUCAGCUGGUGUUAAGUCUGACGUUAAAUGGGAUGGGGAAACAGAGAAAGCUCCCUAUUUUUAACAGUCAUAAUACCUCUUAGAAUUACAAACUGAACAAAUGUGGAGUUAAGCAGCUCAUUAGAAAACUGGCAUUGGACUUCUUCUAAAUGCCAAUGAUAGAAAUGCGUGCUUAAAACAAAGAAACCAGCGUACAGAGUUUUAAGGUGCACAGUUAAAAUAAGAAUUAGAUGUCUAGCAGCACUGAUCCCUUGGGUAUGUUGCAACACCUCAUGUUCUGUUGUGCCUUUUGUAAAAUGUGUAGCUUAAUAUAUAACUGCUUGUCAUAAAUCUAAUAAAACAAUACCAUAAAUCAUCCAGAUUGUGUUACGUGAUAGAGUAAAAAAACGGUUAGAAAAUUUCCUUUUGCAUUUCCUGAUUUUUCAAGAUUUCUAUUUCUCUUUUUUGCACUUAACCUUUAAAGCUUUUCAACGAGCUCUCACAAAACCCACAAAAGGUCUUGACUUCAGUGGCAGAAGUCAUCUCAAUGUGAUAAAAAACGUAUGUGGAAACAAAUCUUGAACUGCAGUAAAUAAAAGAUCUUUAAUGAUAGGUACAGCCCUGUAAGAUAAACCACAUUCAACUCUGCCAAUGAGAAAGAAAAAAGGUCAGCAAAUAUGUAUCUUUGGGUCUGCUUUUUAACAGUAAGCUGGUAACAACUCCCACACAAUGCUAGAGAGUGAACCCCUCCUCAUUUUAGCAGGGAGCAGUUUCAAGCUAAAACUACUGUCUCAAUUGGUUCCUCUCGAUGAUCCAUUAUACUCCCUCUACUUUACUAGUACGUAACGA